AUGGGCAACCUGGACCUCAAGGGCGCCGGCCACUGCAUGCUCCACGCGUGCUCGCCAAGGCCUUCUGCGCCAGUUGCAUCGGCGCUCGGCGACCAGAGCCAUUUCCACCGCGGAAUCAUGGGCUCGCGGGGGGGGCGACGACGAGAGACGGCGAUCUUGGCAUCCAUGGUGACAGCCUACAACCCACGGCAAUUGCAAGUUUCGUCGUUUGUGGUUAUCUUCAAAGACAUGGCCAACGAGCCCCCGCCGGCGGGCUUGCAUAACAUGGAGAAGACAGCGGAGGACCUCGCACGCCGGCGCGAGAAGGAAUGCGCAGACAGCAAGCUCGCAGCGAAGUGCCCUAUCACAGUCAGCCAGGCCGACUUCAGCAGCCACCUGCACGCCGGCGGCAUCAACGCGAAGGAGACAGUCAACCCGGGCAAGCUGCGCGAUAUGCUGCAGGACUGCAGUCAGUUCAGGGGCGACAACCUCCCCGCCAUCGGCCUGGCCCAGAGCAAGGAAAACAGCACGCACGUGGAACGUGGAUGGGACGGCGACAACUUCGACGAGUCUCGAGGCAACAUCUACUCGCUUCAUAACCCGCUCAACGUGCGCAUGGUGUUCGAGACUGCGUUCGCCUCGGAGGGCAAGCGCGCCGCCGCGCCUGGCGGGGCCGAGGGCGAGACCAAGGGGACGAAGGCGGAGGAGGCAAUCGGGGCGGCCACAGGCUGGUGCGAAAGCAUGGCAGGCGACCCGAGAUCGGUCAUCAGCGCGGUCCUCGCCACGGCGCUGGCACCGGUGGCGGCGGCUAGCGUGGAGGCGGCAGUCAGAGAGGGCAAGGAGCACCACGAGGCGACGAAGCAGCUGCGGGAGGGCGCCAAGGACGACCCCCAGGUGGACGCGUGGAAGGACUUCGCGCGCACGCUCCUCGCGAGCACCGCAGAUGGCCGAGAGCGCGAGGCUUUGACCGACUACUGGAAGAACUUCAUCAUGAAGUACGAGCUCGCGCAGGCGCCGGUGGACAUCAAGUACUUCUGGGCGCGUGUCCCGCAGCCCAGGGAGACCGAGAAUAAGUCCAAGCGCAUGGAGAGCAAAGUACGGCUGCAGCGGGCGCUUUCGACGACGAACAUCGCGACGGAGCUGGACGAGGAUGUGAGCAGGGACCUCGGGCCCUGCACGUGCGAUCUCGCGUCUGGCCUGUGCGACGCCCACUGCUGCUGCGACCCGGACUGCAGCGACGACCUCGCGGGUAGCCUCGCGCAGACCUUCGAUUGCUUGCCAGAGGGCUUAGCACCGGCCAACUCGCAGUUCUGCUAUUCCAAGGACUGGGUGACCAACGUCAACCCGCGAGUCGACCUGUGGGUGGUGGCAGACGACUUGCGCAGCCUUCUUUGCGUCGAGGUUGACAACAACGAGGUCCAGGGCGUCUUCUACGCCAACAGUCCCACUGUGGCGUCCUCGACCAUUGCACAAGAGAGGGAGCGACAGCAGCAGUCGGGCUUCGGUGACGUGCUGGCAGCGGCUGGGGCCGCCGCGGCGCAAACGGUGAUGCGAGCGUACCAGGCAGGCGACGUGUUGAGAGUCCACAUGGCUCUCUCCACAGUGGACAGCACGAUCCAGCCGUUCUCGUCGCUGGAGAGCCCCGGCGUCACGCAGAUCUCCGCCGGCCUGGCCCUCCGCGCUCCGGGCGCGCUCGGGGGCUGCCCAGAGGGCUCGGCGGCGCAGCUCGCCAGAUUCUUGAUGGACGUGCCGAGCACUUCGUGCUGGAUCGAGCGGAAUCUUGUAGAUGCGUGUGCGGUGGCACUGAACCCGGUGAUCGCCACCAGCUGGAAGAUACCAACGCAGCUUCUCGCAGGCACCCUGAAGUGCGGCACAUCCGACAGCGGCUCCCUCUGCCUGGCACCAGAGGUGAGUGUGGUGGAUGCCGGAGGGGCGUCGACCGAGCUUCGAGACCCCGUGUUCUCGCAGAACGGCGGCGCGUGCUCUUGCGAGGGUGCGAUCCGGAGCUUGCAGUACGCCUUCUACUUUGAUUCUGCGGCCAAGAUCAACAAAGCCCAGGUGAACAUCACUCUGCAGGAUAUCCAGGACGCGCCGUGCGAAGGCGGCCGGGUGGCACAGAGCACGAGCGUGGUGUUCCUGCAGGGCGCCGACCCAAGCUCCGUGACAGAGCGCUCGGGGAACCCCGGAUACAUCGUGGGUCUGCCCCUGUUGGUGGCAGAUGCCAUUCCGCAAAGACCUCGCGCUGCCACCAUCGACGGGGUGUCCAGACUUGGGGGGUGCCUGACGGUUGGCUCCUUCCGCAGCGCAUGGAACAUCGCGCUCAAUUUCGGGGAGGACACGGUCCUGGGCUGCACCCUUGCGCUGACGCGGGCAGAGCUCGAGGCUGAGUGCUGCGACGACGCGAGCUGUGGCUUCUCGAGUAAGCUGAAGAUUCUCAGAGUGCUGGGGCCUCCCGAGCCGAACUGGACGCACAUCGCAGCGUGGGGCAGCGUGGCUGCAGACUCGGAGGACCCGGAGGACUGGGUGGAGGUGUCAUUCGACUCCGUCACGGAGACUCCGCAGUUCAGCCAGGACGCCACUUCGGCAUCCCAGUCCAAGUGCGAGGGGGCCGUGGUGGGCGUCGACCUUCAGGUGCUCUACUCGCCGUUCGGAGACGUGCGCAACCCGCAGAACAAGAUCGUGGCGGCGACCGCGGCCCACCGCGUCGGGGAGCUGCAGCACACGAGGCAGGACCCGCGGGAGAAGCAGCACUUCCAGUUCACCUUCACCGUCUCCUUCACCCGCCUGGACCGCACGGAGGACCCCGCCGUGCGGGCGCCGCCCCGGGCGCGGCUGCCGCUGCUGCUGCCGCAGCACCUCUUCUACCCCUUCCGCCUGGGCAGCGGCGCCCGCCCCCGCGCGGGGCGCCCGCGCCUGCUGGCCGCGGCCCUGCUCCUGCUGGCGCCCCUCGCCGCGGCGCCCGCCCCCGGCGCCUGA